AUUCCUCCAUUACUGCCCACUUAUCACGCUCCGUUUUUUUCCCUCACUUUCUUGCUAACCAAACAUGUCCACCGCCACUCCGCCGGAGUCUGCUGCUGGCGUCGGCCUCGGCUACGGCAUCGCCAUCGCCGUUAGCAUCCUCGUCCUCAUCUCGACGAUCAUGCUCGCCUCCUAUGCCUGCGUCAGAGUCAAAGCUAGCGGCGGCACUCGCGCUGACCACGGCAGACCAGGAACGAAUCGCGAGUCCACCGCCGUCGAUUCGUCGGAGCUAGCAGCGGUGGUGGUUGUGGCGGGCCUAGAUGGCCCGGCAAUAGAGUCGUAUCCGAAGAUGGUACUGGGCCAGAGCCGGCGGCUGCCGAGGCCCAACGACGGCCCGUGCUCCAUCUGCCUCUCGGAGUACCGCCCCAACGAGACCGUCCGGUCUAUUCCGGAGUGCAACCACUGCUUCCACGCCGAUUGCAUCGACGAGUGGCUUCGGAUGAGCGCCACGUGCCCCAUCUGCAGAAGCUCUCCGGCCGUCUCGGCGGCUCCGACGCCGCUCGCCACUCCUCUCUCCGAGGUGGUGCCUCUCGCCUUCCACGCCAGGUGAUUCCUUCUUUUUUUUUUUUUUUUUUCUUUUUUGAUUUCUUUUUGUGAAAAUUUAAAAGAUUGUGAUGAAUCAAAUCACAAAAAGGUGUGGGCUUAUGGAAUUAUUAUUAUUGUUAUUAUUAAUAUUUCUUAAUUUUAAAAUUUUUUAUUUUUA